CCUUUCUGAUUUGCUAUAAACAUUUAGUUGACAUGGAUGGUAAUAAUUGGAUUAUAGUGUUGACGAUGGCGGUCAUGAUGUUGUGUGAUACUGGUCAUGGAAUAAGAGUGAAGGGAGAUUGCAAAAAUUCGACCAUAACUAUUUCUGAUGAAAGUUUCUCAGGGCUGAUUAAAUACCAUACCAGUUCAAACUGUUCAGUCAACACCACAAAAGAGGCAACACAACAGCAGAACUGUACUUUUGUCUUUGACACUACUGCAGUCAAUGAAAUAAUGAGGCAUGGUGGCAAAAAUUAUAGUUUCAAGGAUUUGGGGUUUUGGUUGAAAGAAAACUAUUUGAAGGUUAAGAAGAAAGCGUUUUUCAAGUUUCACGUCUAUGGAAUAGCUUCGACUGACUUGGACACAUCAGCCUUGUGUAAAAAUGCAGGCUAUAAAGAUGACUGUAACAAUGGUUCCUUUGAAUUCAGGAUUCUUCUCAAUUCAUCCUCUCCAAUAUGUGUUAAAUGUGGAAACCCUGUUGUUCAGCUAGAAAAGCUAAACAUAACUGGUAGUCUCAACCUAACAGUCAGCAACAGCGAAAGUGGCGUGGAUCCCACUGAAGCCUCGAAGGCCAUGCAGCAGAUGUCCUCGGUGGCGAAACUAAUGGGGAACCUAACCGCUGCCAGUAUUUCCUUCGGGGUGGUGAAGGGGGUCAUGGUGAAACCAAAAGAUGAAGACGACUUGAAAAAGUUAUCCUUUGUCAGCUCUGACAGUGAUUUAAAUCUGAUUGAAGAUGAGGACAUCAUUAAAAAAUACCCCCUGUCUGUGAGUGUCUCCGAAGAGGCUUAUAAGACAUCCUAUCGCCACGCCAAAGAGAACACAUUUGUUGGAGUUUUCCGUUUCCCAAAUAUGACAGUGACCCCUGACAUUCAGUCGGAGAAAAUCUCAGCUUCGGAUCUGGUGUCCCUGACUUACAUCACCUAUAUCGGCUGUGGGCUGUCACUGUUCUUCCUGGGAAUAGGACUGUUCCUGUUCUGUUGCAUAAGAAAGGGAAAGGUCAGCAAUUCCAAUCAUAUCCUCACCCACCUCUUCCUGGCACUGUUUCUGCUUAACAUUACCUUUGUGAGCAACGAGUGGAUUGCCAACCUGGAGAACGAUGUAGCAUGCAAGAUCAUAGCCGGCCUCAUGCACUACUCCAUGCUGAGUUCAUUCACCUGGUACGCUGUGGAGGCCUUCCACCUUAUUCUACAGCUGACUAAGUACGCUACAGUAUCCAUUCCCCACUACAAACUGAAACUCUGCUUCGUCGGAUGGAGUCCUGCUGCCCUUGUAGUAUUGGUCAUAUUCAUUUUGGGAAAAUAUGGUGAACUAAAAAUUUACACUGACAUUGGAACUGAAGUCAAGAUGUGCUGGAUCCUGGACUCCAGCAUUCAGUAUGUGGUGAACGUGGGCUACUACGCCAUUGUCUUCCUCUUCACCUUCACCGUCUUCAUCGUGAUGCUUCGCUGGCUUUGUUACCUCAAGAGUACAAAGGUCAAGGCAGGGAGCACCGGAUCGCGGGACAUUGUUACCAUCAUGGGUCUCUGUUGCAUCCUGGGCAUCAGCUGGAGUUUUGCGUUCUUUAGUCACGGGCGCCUUCGGGUGCCGUCUUACUACAUUUUCACGAUUCUUAAUUCUGCCCAAGGCUUUUUCCUCUUCCUCUACUACUAUAACACCAGCACAGUCAUCGGAGACACCAACAACUCCACUUCCUCUUCAACUAAGACAAGCCUUUCAAAUGUAGAGAGGGAAAAUCCUUACAAAAAGCAAUGAAAUAAGUGUCAUAUUUCUCAAACUAAUUUGUGGAACUAACCUUGGAGUGCUGCCAGUCACACAGACAAAUGCGUAAUUAUACAUUGAAAGCAACAGUAUGCAGCAAUCUGCCACUUUUUUAAGGUGUGUGUUUUAUAGGCUACAAGUUUUGGCAUUAUCUUCAGAUAACUGUAAUGGUAUAUGGUCAUGUAAAGGGAAGAUUCAAACACACCUGUCGUUCCCACUAGUCACCCAGGCUAUGCACUAACUGCAAUUCUGUGGUCUGGAAUGGACCACCUUGAGAUAACAUAACAAAAGCUUCCACAGCACGCCAUUGCCAAUAUCUUCCAAAGACAUUAGUUUGCACGCUAGCAAACUUUUAUCAGUGCCAUCUGCGCUGUUGGUGUUUGAAUGCCUUUUAAGUAGACAGCUUGCUAGUUUUAGACAAAACUCCUUAUUGCUACUUUAAAGCUACAGUCCACUAAUAGAUUCUAUUCUGUAAUGUCUUCGCUUACCUAAGAAUGGAAUUCAGUAGUGUGUCUCAACUUUGUUGUUUGUUGUGUAAACCGUGUACCUUAAGUGAGAAUAAAUUACAAAU